UCACCUCUGUUUCGUUCCGCGAACUGUGUAGAUACACUGCGCCAGCGCCAUAAAAUCAGUUCCGCGUGGAUUCCGUGAUGUAGGAUACAAAUCAAAACUUCUACGACACACGAUUAUGCAAUGAAAGAUAUAUAAAGGCCCUGGAAUCAAAACAAAGCCCUCUCGGAAUUACACAUUUCCUCAACUGUUACCAACCUUCUCAGCAAUCCACAACUUUUAUCAUGGCAGACCGUAGCGUCAAAGCACCGGGAGUUCCUUUGGACAGCAUUCUGUACUAUAUGCCGUCCUUCGGCGGGAAUAUAGUAAUUGGCACCUUAUUCGAGGUAGUAGCAAUCUUUAUUUUCAUCAACUUGAUCUUGCGUCGUGAUUUGUGGGGAUUAUGUCUACCUAUCGGCGCACUUUGUCAGGGAUUAGGAUUCUUCCUACGUGUUCCGCUGCGAAACAAUCCUGGCAGUCUCGGAUUGUACAUCGUUAUGGACUUUUUCGUCGUUCUUUCGCCCGCAUGUUAUUUCGCAUUCAACUACAUCUGGUUCGGCCGUCUAGUCCAACGAAUUGAAGAGCAUAUGAACUUCAAUUUGAACCGUAAGCAUAUCACUUUUCUUCCACCAAAGAAGUUUGGAAAGAUUUUCAUCAUUUCAGACGUUACCACUUUUUUCAUUCAAGCUGCUGGUGGGGGCUUACAGGCAAGUCCAAGCUCAAAAUCACUUGGAUCGGUGAUCUUUUUGAUUGGUAUCAUUGCUCAAUUUGCAUCUUACAUCUUUUUCCUCAUCUUGAGCUUGCCGUUUGUGCGCUCUUUGAGAGGAAAUAGUUUUGACAAUUAUGCUAGACAACGAAUUUCUCAGCUCCUGCCAGUCCUCUACUUCUCUUCUUUUUGGAUUAUUGUCCGUUGCGUAUACCGUACUGUUGAGCUUGCACAAGGGUAUGGAGGAUACUUGUCCCGAAAUGAAGCCUGGCUUUUCGGUUUGGAUGCCGCGCCACUUUUACUCUCCAUCGGUGUCUAUAUUUUCGCCUGGCCUUCCGCAUUUGUUGAACUCAAAACAUCGCCAUAUGCCAAAUCGAAGAGUGUACCUUGGGAAAUGGGAUCAAAGUCUGUGCAGCUUCAGUGGAAUGAGAAUACUCGCUUAAAUAGCACGGACUCAGAGCAAGGCUUUACUUAUCCUAUGCAACAAAAAGAUCAAGACGAAAAAACGAACUUCAUCCAAUAAAGCACAAAUUAUAAAGAAUCACAUUUCGUUAUCAUUAGACUGGUUUUGGAGCAUUUUGUG